CUUCCCAAGCUAAUCCUCCUCCCAGUACUCCCUCUCUGUUUUUAUGAGGCCAAGGGAAACAGAACCAGGAAGUGCUGACGCACCCGACCCCUACAAAUACAACCAGAGGCUGAACGACUGUUUCGGCCAGGCGAUUUGGGAAGGGACCAGACCGGAAAUGGUAGUUUCUAUGGUAACCCCUGAGCCGGUUGCCUGGGAGAUGACCCCUUGUGGUCUCUCUGAAUCUCUGCUGUAGCGUCACCUAGAAGGCAGAUCUAACAUCCUGAACUGUCUCCUGCCAUGAUUCCCGGGAAAUACCGCUCUGUUUCUGGCCGGACUGCAAACAACGUGAAUUGUGGGCUUCAUCUGGUUAUUCAAACAUCAUCGCUUCCUGAAAAAAACAAAGUUGAAUUCAAGAUUAAUAGAGAAACAUCUUCAUUUCCUGGAAGACUCUUACAACAUGACCUUGAAAGAAACUACUCAAGUAGGCAAGGAGAUGGAAGAGUAAUAAGUCCUUCGCCUCGUAAUAAAUCAUCAUGCAUCUCAUCCACAACAAACGUGACAGAACUCUGUGGGCUGGAAAUGAAAACUGCCACAAGCUCCUUGUCAGCAUUUGGAGAUUCUUCCAUUCAGACACCUUCAAAGUCCAGAAUCCGGCAGGGAUGUCAUAGUGCUGGCCCAAAUGUAUCUGGUGAUCAUAUUAAUUUGGUGAGCUCAUCAAUGCCAUCAUUUCCUAUUCUCCACCGUUCUUCUGAAGAGAAAAUUCUUUACUCAGACAGGUUGACCCUAGAAAGGCAAAAGCUAACUGUAUGCCCUAUCAUUGAUGGAGAAGAACAUCUUCGUUUGUUGAACUUUCAGCACAAUUUUAUAACUCGGAUCCAAAAUAUUUCAAAUCUACAGAGGUUAAUAUUUUUGGAUUUAUAUGAUAACCAGAUUGAAGAAAUUAGUGGUCUUUCUACUCUAAGAUCCCUUCGUGUUCUUCUCUUGGGGAAAAACAGAAUCAAGAAAAUUUCAAACUUGGAGAAUCUAAAAAGCUUAGAUGUGUUGGACCUUCAUGGAAAUCAGAUUACCAGAAUUGAAAAUGUCAAUCAUUUGUGUGAUUUGAGAGUUUUGAAUCUUGCCAGGAAUCUUUUGGGUCAUGUUGAUAAUCUUAAUGGACUGGAUUCACUAACUGAACUUAAUCUGCGACACAAUCAAAUCACUUCUGUGAGAGAUGUGGAUAAUUUGCCCUGCCUCCAACGUCUGUUUCUCAGCUUCAACAAUAUAUCUAGUUUUGACAGUGUUUCCUGUCUUGCUGACUCUACUUCCCUAUCAGACAUCACUUUUGAUGGCAACCCAAUAGCUCAAGAGUCAUGGUACAAACACACUGUCCUUCAGAAUAUGAUGCAGCUGCGCCAGCUAGAUAUGAAGAGAAUCACGGAAGAAGAAAGGCGUAUGGCAUCUGUAGUAGCCAAAAAAGAGGAAGAGAAGAAGCGGGAAAGUCAUAAACAAUCUUUGCUUAAGGAGAAGAAAAGAUUAACAAUUAACAACGUAGCUCGAAAGUGGGACUUGCAACAACGAGUGACCAAUAUCUCUACAAACCCAGAUAGAAAAGAUUCUGAUUCUCCUCCUCAGGACCCUUGUCAGAGUGACGGAAGCACCAUCUCUGCAUUUCCAGAGGAAACAGGGUCUCUAGACUCAGGACUCAACAAUGCUUUAUUAGGUUUAUCUGUCACAGACACACACCUUGUCGAAGUGGAUGGAGAUACACUUUCCCUGUAUGGCUCAGGAGCACUAGAAUCUCUGGAUCGAAAUUGGAGUGUUCAAACAGCAGGAAUGGUCACAACAGUCUCCUUCACAUUCAUAGAAUUUGAUGAAAUUGUCCAAGUGCUCCCCAAAUUGAAGAUUAAGUUUCCUAAUUCUCUGCACCUUAAAUUCAGAACGAAUCUUAUAAUGCUGCAGCAAUUUAAUGCACUAGCACAACUUCGUCGUAUUGACCAGCUGACAAUUGAUCCUCAAGGAAAUCCAGUUGUCAAUUUUACGCUCUGGAAAUACUAUGUACUGUUUAGGCUGAGCCAUUUUAGUAUGCAGAAAAUAAAUGGAACAGAGGUGACACAGAAUGACAUGAUAAUGGGAAGGCUCUUUGGAAUCCGACAUGUAGCAUCUUCUGAGUUACCUCAGUACCGGAUGAUUUCAAUUCUGGGUGAUGCCAGGAAAAAGCAAUUUCGGUAUCUACUAGAAACCAAAGGAAAAAAACCUGGUAUUGUCAUUGAAGAAAAUAACGACAGCAAAAGACUUGUGGGAGAAAACACAAAUCGUGCUACACUCAAUUAUACCACAAGAGAAUUUUAUCAUGAAAAGCUAGAGGAAAUAAAGGAGAAAAAGAAAUUCUGCAAGAUGUAUAUAGAAGAUCUUGUGAAGGAAGCCACAGAAAUCAAUAUGAAAAAUGAAGCUUUGCAGAAGCUUUGGCCACAGAUGUUCAUUGAGCUUGUUAGGGAUGCAGUUAUAGAAAUCCGCAAUAAAAAUUCCUAUAUGAAGCUCUGCCUACAGCAAAUAACUGACCAAAAAUAGAGAUGGCUUUUACAGUUGAUUUUGGCAGUUUUACUUUUUUUUAAAAGGUUGAAAAUAUGCAGAUUAAUAUGUUAAAACAUUAUCCUACAAAAUAGGAAGAGUAGCAUCAAAACAUAUUGCCUAUGUUCUCAUAAUUAAAGGUUAAGAAGGAAAGCAGGAAAAAGGGAGGAUUCAUUUCAUAUAUGUGUUUACCAGAUGGCUUGGGUGUUAGGCUGGCAAUGCACCUUCCGUUCUUACUCUGAUCAGAGCCUCCGCUAUAGCCCAAAGCACAUGGCACUUGCUGAUGGGUCAGCAUGAGUUGCUUCUACCUACUUUCAGCUGAUGGUUUUCAUUUGUUUGCCUUUUUAUUUUAUGUCAUGAUUUCAAAGCCAAAAUAUGUUCUUUUUUAUGAGGGAAAGAAUAACACAUACAUUAGUUAAAAAAAUUUUUUGCCUCCUUAGUUCAGUCAGUAUUGUCAUAUUUGAUGUAUCUUUAUGUUCUGCUAUGAACAGUAGGAUCCCUGCUGUUCACCUACAUAGGAAGAGGCCCCAUUCCUCAAGGGAUGCAUCCUCAAGGAACCACAGGGAGGCCCAGGAGUCACUGUGGGCAGAGAAUAUUACAAUGAGGAGUCAAUACUGGGAUAGGAAGAAAAUGCUUGAUAUUAAAGGAUCCUGAGUCACAGAUCAGUAAGUCUGCUUCACUGAAAGUCGUUUCCUCCUUAUUGACCACCAUGGGCUCUUUUUAUAGGUGUGUAUGUCUACCUGUACCUUAGAGGUAUUAAGGAUACAUGGAUGAAAGUUUCUAAUUUUUAAAAUUCCAUUGGAAGAUCAAACAGAUAAACAAGAUGUGAGCAAUGCUUGGGCCUCAUUCAUGCUAGUGAGCAGGGGGUUGCAGCCUUUUACCAUGACUAGAGAUGGUACAUACAAUUUCAGGAAAAAAAUCUUACAGAUCAGUAAAUAGGAAUUCUCCACUUUGCUCAGCUUUCACCUAGCUGCCAUCAUGUCAACAGGACCACCAGGAUGUGGGAAAACUAAAAGUUGCAAAACAGCAAAAUCAUACAGACAGUGAUGCUUGGAAGAACACUGGGUGUGUGGCUGUUGUAGUCCCAAGAAGGAACCACAUCCUUAAGAUAUCUAGGUCACUCUCCCUGAGAAGGAGUGCUCAGGUUUAGUAGGUCAAACAUAAUUUUUCUGAACAUAACCUUUAAGUCACAUUGUUGUGGGUUAACAUUUUGGCACUAAGCUACCAGCGUACUAACUUAAGACCCAUCUGAUCCUCAGUUUCCUCAUAAUAGUACUUACUUCUUAAGAUUGUUGUGAGAACCAAAGGAGAUAGUGCAUGCAAAGCAUUUCUCACAAUGCCGGCACACAGCAAACAACCAAUAAACAGAGCUAUUCUUAACUGUUUUGGACACCAGUUGAACCAUAAAUUUGGUGCCCUAGAACAGGAAGAGCUGUUAGCAUUUCUUGGUGAUCCUUCAGCCUCUCCAAAUUGGAACAAGGGCCAUUUCUCAUCUGGCUGGUGACUGGUGAUCUCUCCUAGGGUUUUUGUCUUGGUGUAGAAAUGAGAUCCUACCUUGAGGGUGAUGUUAAAAGGAAAAUUAAGAAUAUCCUGUUGGUGGACUUACACUAAAUAGGAAAGAUAAAAGAACCUGUACCUCUUCAGGAAUGUGGGGAACUAUUGCUGGCUGUGGGAUUUGCAGGUAAAUAGCCUAGCUGUUUAAUAAACAAACUAACCAGCUUCUUUUCUCUCCUUGCCGAAUCCUCCCAUCCCUGACUUGUUCUUUAGCCCUCCCCAGUUCUUCUGAGAACUUGAGGGACCCAAGGUCACAGCACUGGCUGAUUUGGCAGGAAGCCUGCCCAACCACUGCUGGCUCUACCCACACCUUCUGCUUCAGGCCUAGAAAUAGGUUUCUGUCUUGUUCUGGAAAACAAGCCACCCAUUCCUCAGCUUUGGUCUCUCCUUUGUUUGUACCUAAAUUUCUUCCUGUUUGCUCCCCCUACCCCAUACUGAUUUCUGCUCAUGAAUCCUUACUUUAUCUGGUCCUAAACUCCCAGUGACUGUGUCCUUCCAUCUAGUUCUAUCCUCCAAACUUGUUUUGCUUAUUUGAGUUCCUAAGAGAGGAUGACCCCAAAUGAAAGGACCAGGAGGACCUGGGUCUAUUGUGUCUGGGAUUAAGGGACCAUCCUAUAUUACGAGUAAGUGAUGAUUCAUGGAACAUGCCCUUUCUACUUGGGAUUUCCAGGGAAGGGGAAAAGGUUCUAGGGUAUGCUGGAGGACUGCUUUGUUUGCAAAAGGGAACUCAAGCAGAAAUAGAAUAUUGUGGCUUUCUCAAAAGUAGAAGCAUCCAGGACCCCCCAACCAGGGAUAUACUAUUCCCACAAUCUGGUUUAGCAACUGGAUGUUUAAGUGCCAGAUCUGGGACUGGUUACCAAGAAUGCUGUCAGAUCUUUGGCUAGUUAACUGUGCUACUGAGUCUGAGGAUGGUAUCAGCUCCCCACUUCACUCCACUGAAAUCCUGGCAUGUGAGCCAGUACAGCCGUGCCAUUCUCCUUAUCUAUUUCUGUUCAGAGCAGGGAAUACCCUGCGAUUUAUAUUCUCCAUGAUGAAUAGCAAUAACCGUAACAAGGAAGAUUCACUGAGCAGUGUCUUACACUAUUAUAAACUCCUCAUAUGCAUCAUCACAUUUAUCACCUAACACUAUAAUAUAUGAAUGCUAGUUACCCCUAUUUGAGCAUUUGAAAACUGAGGCAUAGAGUAUUAAAUAACUCAUCCAAGGAUAUUUCAGUCAAUAAAUAGUAGACAGGACCUGCAUUCACUGUUAGCCUUAAGGAUCUGCAUUUAGGAAAAAUUAUGAUACCCAUUGUCUUUCCCAAUUUGCUUUUAUGUUUUGUUAUUAUGCUGUAGAAUAGCAAAUGGAUUAUAUGAGAACUUCUCAAACAAUCCUACAUGUACAGCACAUUGAAGAACAUUAAGUACAGUAUAGAUAUUAGUGUGAAAUGUAUAUGAGCACAUGGACAGUACUACAUAUUUGGAUAUAUAUGUAUUUUCUAA